UGCCCUUAAAAGCUCUGGCGCGUGUCGGUUCUUCUCUUUCCCAAGAUGCUCUCACGAAAUCUACUGUCGUCGUCAAGGUCCAUCCGUGCAAUGAGUACCCAGGUUCCUCGUGGGCUCGCCGCUGUGCUCGAAAAGAAACCUGACGAUGUCGUAAUUACUUUCGCAAAGAGAACAGCAACUGGUCGUGCGAAGAAAGGCCAGCUUAAGGAUGUUCCCGUCGAUGAGAUGCUUUACCAUUUGUUCAAAGCAACCAUUUCCGGAGCAAAGAUUGACCCCGCGAAAGUCGAUGACAUCUGUGUCGGGACCUGCCAUCCUCCUUCACCCCUCUACCUUUCAAGAGCUGCUGCAUUAGCAGCCGGUUUCCCCCAUACCGUCCCGAUAUCAACUGUGAAUCGACUAUGCUCAUCGGGCCUCAUGUCUAUCCGUAACAUCGCACAAAGUAUUAAAUCUGGUGAGAUCACGUUGGGUAUCGCUGCUGGGUCCGACAGCAUGAGCUUAAAUGCUCGACCUACCCCGGAGAUUUCUGCAGUCGUCGAUGAGCACCCAGAAGCUCACGACUGUGUACAGCCUAUGGGAUGGACCUCAGAGAUGGUCGCAGAAGUAUAUAAAGUUCCAAGAGAGAAACAAGACUACUACGCUCUGAUCUCACACACUCGUGCGAACGAGGCCUCUACGAAAGGGAUCUUCGCGGAAGAAAUUGUCCCCAUUACCGUCCGCGGAACGACUAUCUCUGUUGACGACACUAUCCGGCCUGGCGUGACCGCUGAAGGUCUUGCAGCGCUCAAGCCUGCUUUUCCACAGUGGAGCCCAGGUACAACGACUGCCGGGAACGCAUCUGGAGUGGGAGACGGGGCAGCUGUCUGUGUCCUGACCACUCGAGCUAAUGCUGAGAAGGAAGGUAUGGAAAUUCUAGGAAAAUACGUUACCAGUGCCGUUGUUAGUGUUGAACCUAAAGUUAUGGGCAUUUCACCUGUCGUUGCUGUUCCAAAGGUUCUUGAGAUGGCUGGACUGACGAAGGAGGAUAUCGAUGUCUAUGAGAUCAACGAAGCAUUCGCAUCGCAAUUCGCCUACUGUGUGGAAGAGCUUGGGAUUCCUAUCGAAAAGAUCAAUCCCAAUGGUGGUGCUAUUGCCAUCAGCCAUCCUCUCGGAAUGACUGGUACCCGCCAAGUUGUAACUGGUUUAGCUGAACUGAAGCGCAAGAACAAGAAGCUAUUGGUGACAAGUAUGUGCGUUGGUAGUGGUAUGGGAGCUGCCGGUUUGUUUGUGAACGAGGCGAGACAUGGGGCCAACUUGUAGUAAUCAUAUUUGUAGCGUGACAGAGAUACACCUAGGCAAAAAAUAACUGCAUUAGUCUCAGCGACAAUGGGCGCUUACUAACUAUAAUUGAUUUGUUCUCCCUUCA